CUGGAGCCUUGAGUGGCUCUCAAGGAUGCUGUAGUUCCUGCUACACUUUUUGGCAUCUGCUACAUGUGGAGACUGGAUGAUCUUGGCAGUGCCCAGGACCUUAAAUGUUAUUUGUAUUGUGGUGAUAGUACAAAGAUACUGCCACCACCAUGGAGGGGAUUGUGACCAUGUAUCAAGACUUCAUGAAGAAAGCAGACCCCCGCAUUGCUGAUUAUCCCCUGAUGCAGUCCCCGUUCCUUGUGAUGGGCAUCCUUCUGGCAUAUGUCUACUUUGUACUAUCCUUGGGGCCCCGGCUAAUGGCCAACAGGAAGCCUUUAAACCUGAAGAAGUUCAUGGUGCUGUACAACUUCUUUCUGGUGGGACUCUCACUUUACAUAGUCUAUGAGUUCCUGAUGGCAGGGUGGCUUACUGGGUACACCUGGCGAUGUGACCCUGUGGACUUCUCACAGGACCCCAAGGCCCUCAGGAUGGUCAGUGUUGCUUGGCUCUUUGUCUUCUCCAAGUUCAUCGAACUGACGGACACGGUUAUCUUUGUCCUGCGGAAGAAGAAUGAACAGGUCACAUUUCUGCACCUCUUCCACCACUCAGUUCUGCCUUGGAGCUGGUGGUGGGGAGCAAAGUUUGGUCCAGGGGGAAUGGGCUCAUUCCAUGCCAUGAUCAAUUCCAUGGUGCAUGUUGUCAUGUACUUCUACUAUGGGCUCUCAGCAGCAGGACCUGCCUUUCAGAAGUACCUUUGGUGGAAGAAGCACAUCACAGCCAUCCAGCUGGCACAGUUCGUGAUUGUCUCCGUCCACAUCUCCCAGUAUUACUUCAUGCCCAGCUGCCAGUACCAGUUCCCCAUCUUCAUCCACCUCAUCUGGAUUUAUGGGACCAUCUUCUUCAUCCUAUUCUCCAACUUUUGGUACCAGUCCUACACCAAGGGCAAACGGUUGCCCAGGGUGGCUCAGCAAGCAGCCCAGCACAAUGGUAGCAGCAUCCAUGAGAAUGGCACUGUCACCAACGGCAAGGUCAAAGCCAACUAGAGGGCAAGGCCCUCCCAGAGCCAAUGAGAGCCCCGGGGCAGAGGCAGCUGGGACCUGUUCCUCUGCUCCUGGGUGCCACUAGCCAAGUCAAGUGCCUACAGACUGUUGUACCCCUGUGCCCAGCCCUGCUGUCCUCUGUCUGCAUGCCCAGCCCCUCUGCUCUGAGCAGCUGUGGGCAACUUCUCCGGCUCCUGGGAGGGCUCAUGCUGUUUUUCAGUGUUGCUGAGCAGAGAGGCAGCUGCCUGCAUCACAGCUGUGGGGCUGCAGUCCCAUUCCAGUGUUUCCAAAGGAACUUCCCCCAAGUGCCUACAUCUGGCCCUUCUGCCUGGGGGCCAUUUCCUUCUGAGUAGGACCAAAAGAAGAGACUGGUCCCUGUCCUGGUGCCCUCUCCUCUCCCCUGUCUCAUCAGAGCCUGUGGUUGAACAGACUUGACCCUGGCUGCUUGCUGCUGCCAGCUCAAGUGUGAGUGCUCCUGCUCUACCAUGCCUUGUGCCACUUUGUUCCAUGCCACAGUGCUACAUGUCCCUUCUGGUCCCCAUGUGUCCAGGUGGACAGUCCUGCCCUGGCAUACGUGCUCAGGUGUGGCUGUGGAGAAUGUAGGGGCAGUGCGUAUGGGGCUUGAGGGCCCAGACCUGCCCAGUACAGUACACAUGCCCUGUGCCUAGUAUGUAGCAGGGGUUGGGACAGCCUGAAAUGCCUCACCCACAUGGUGAGCCCAGGUUGCCUUGCCUUUCUGUGCCUGGGCUGGGUGCUCAGUGUGUGCUUUAGCCACACUGACCUGAUCCUGUAUGGCAGCUGGUGCCUUGCUGUAGAGUGGGGGAGGCCAAGCUCAGCCUUGUCUUGGACCACUUCCAUUCCUGCAAACUCAAGACUUGAGCAAUAAUUGCCCUUAGAAUCCGCUCCUGGACUCUCCUGCUUGGGACCAGCCCUGCAUUGGCCCAGUGUGAGCACAGCAGAGGAUUGUUGUAGUGUGCCCUGCUGUGGUGUAACAGGGAGCACUUCUUGCCUCUGUGGAUCUGACUGGGCCUGGGUGAAGGUGUACUCUGUCCUCAGCAGGGCAGCGUAGCAGCUCCCCUGGGCCUGGUGCCCAUCACCUGCUCUGGCUGUAACCAAAACCAUACUGAUGGCCUUGAGGAUGAGGUGAAGGAGCCAGGCCCUGUCAGAUUGGGCUGCUCUUCUAUCACAAAUAAACAGACAGAAGGAGAAA